AGAGAGAGAAGCUUCUGUCAAGUCUCAACUACAUGCAUUGAUUUCUCACCACCAUCGUAUACUAUAAAUAUCCAUCUCUUCCUGACCUUCCAAUUCACUAAGCAAGAAUUUCUUCUCUUAUCUUCCUUUGAGAGAAGAUGGGAAGGUUUUCAAAGAAUGUACGUGUUUUCAGUGCAUUGGCGAUAAUGGCGGUGUUGGUUGUUGGAAUUGUAGAAGCACGCCGUAUCGAGAAAGAUAACUUUGUUGAUACCAUUGGUGGGGGACUAGGCGGUGGUGCUGGUGGUGGAGCAGGUGGGGGGCUAGGCGGUGGUGCUGGUGGGGGGCUAGGCGGUGGUGCUAGUGGUGGAGCAGGUGGGGGGCUAGGCGGUGGUGCUGGUGGGGGGCUAGGCGGUGGUGCUGGUGGUGGAGCAGGUGGGGGGCUAGGCAGUGGUGCUGGUGCUGGUGGUGGAGCAGGUGGGGGGCUAGGCGGUGGUGCUAGUGGUGGAGCAGGUGGGGGGCUAGGCGGUGGUGCUGGUGGUGGAGCAGGUGGGGGGCUAGGCGGUGGUGCUGGUGGUGGAGCAGGUGGGGGGCUAGGCGGUGGUGCUGGUGGUGGAGCAGGUGGGGGGCUAGGCGGUGGUGCUGGCGGCGGCGGUGGUGCUGGCGCUGGUGGUGGAGCAGGCGGGGGACUAGGUGGUGGUGGCGGUGCAGGUGCAGGUGGGGGACUAGGCAGCAGCGGUGCUAAUGCCAGUGGUGGAGCUGGAGGGGGACUGGGCGGCGGUGGAGGUGCUGGCACUGGUGGAGGAUUUGGUAAGGGUGGUGCUGGUGGUGGUGUUGGUGGUGGUGCUGGCGGAGGUGGUGGACUUGGUGGUGGUGGUGGUGGCAGUGCUGGAGGUGGUGUCGGUGCUAGCAGAGGUGGUGGACUUGGUGGUGGUGGCGGUGCUGGAGGUGGUGUCGGUGCUGGCGGAGGUGGUGGACUUGGUGGUGGUAGCGGUGCUGGAGGUGGUGCUAGUGCUGGCGGAGGGUUUGGUAAGGGUGGUGGACUUGGUGGCGGUACUGGUGGUGGUGCUAGUGGAGGUGGUGGACUUGGUGGUGGUGGCGGUGCUGGAGGUGGUGCUGGUGCUGGCGGAGGGUUUGGUAAGGGUGGUGGACUUGGUGGUGGUGCUGGCGGCGGUGCUAGUGGUGGUGCUGGAGGAGGUGGUGGACUUGGUGGCGGUGCUGGAGGUGGUGCUAGUGGUGGCGUCGGCGGAGGGUUUGGUAAAGGUGGUGGUGCUGGCGGCGGUGCUGGAGGAGGUGGUGGACUUGGUGCUGGUGCUGGAGGUGGUGCUAGUGGUGGUGUCAGUGAAGGGUUCGGUAAAGGUGGUGGAGUUGGUGGCGGUGCCGGUGGUGGAGUUAGUGGAGGUGCCGGUGGUGGCGCUGGCGGUGGUGGUGGCCGUGUUGGAGGUGGUGCUGGUGGUGGCGUUGGCGGAGGGUUCGGUAAGGGUGGUGGAGCUGGUGGCGGUGGAGGAGUCGGAGGUAGGGCCGGGGGAGGUGCUAGAUGUGGUAAAGGUGGUGGUGGUGGUUUUGGAGGUGGAGUUGGAGGAGGUGAAGGUGGUUUUUAG